UAACCAUGUGACAUACGUUUAUGUUUUGUUAUAUUUUAAUGAACUGACACUGUAGACACUGUCCACGCCCCAUUGAGAACAAGGAACAAAAGCAAUCCUGGAUCGAGGGGAGCACACUGGUGCCCAUGGAACGAUCAGUGCUGCACAAGAAGCUGGACGACAUGAUUACUGCGCUGGUGAACUGGAAGUCUGACAAACGGCUGUCGAUACCGGAGCCGGAUAUGGUGGCCAUGCUGAAUGUGGCCCGCCAGGUGCUGCUGUCGGAGCCCAUGCUGCUGUCGGUGCAGCCGCCCGUCAAUGUUCUUGGGGACAUACACGGCCAGUUUCGGGAUCUUUUGCGCUACUUUGAGACAUCGGGGCAUCCGCCGAGCAAGCGUUACCUGCUGCUGGGCGAUUACGUGGACCGGGGCCAGCACUCGGUGGAGACCCUGACCCUCCUGCUGGCCUACAAGGUGCGCUAUCCGACCAGCGUUCACCUGCUGCGCGGCAACCACGAGUCGGCCAGCAUCAAUCACUACUAUGGCUUCUACGACGAGUGCAAGCGCCGCUUCACAGUGCGUCUGUGGAAGAACUUUGUCGACUGCUACAACUGCCUGCCUGUGGCGGCUGUGAUUGACUCGAAGAUAUUUUGCUGCCACGGCGGACUGAGUCCGUCGCUGCACGAGCUGACCGACAUAUACCAGCUGGAGCGGCCGGUGGAGAUCAAACAGAAUGGGCUGCUGUGCGACCUGCUCUGGGCCGAUCCGGACCCCACCGUCACAACCUGGGCAAAGAACUCGCGUGGCGUGAGCUUCACCUUUGGCGUGGAGCAGGUGGAGGCGUUUCUCACACGAUUCAACUUUGAUCUGGUCUGCCGUGCCCAUCAGGUGGUCGAGGAUGGGUACGAGUUCUUUGCCAAGCGGCAGCUCAUCACCGUCUUCUCGGCGGUUAACUACUGCGGCGAGUACGACAAUGCGGGGGCCAUGAUGUGCGUCGAUCCCGAUCUCAACAUCACGCUGGUGGUGAUGAAGCCCAAGAAGCACGAGCCAGAUCAAAGGAAGAAACCCAUGGUGGAGGGGGCACCGCCGACCAUGUUAACGGGCUGACUGACACCAAGUUCUCUCUUUGUUACACUUCAAUCUCUGGAUUGUACUCCGAUACUUCAAUAUAUAUACCUACAAAUACCUUCGA